CGGGAAUUUUAAAUUUUUGUUGUAUUAUUUUAGUAAUUGAUAUUUUUGUUGUGUUUUGUAAAUAAAUUUUAGUUAUUUGAUUGACAUGAACUCUAAUUUUCAGAAUUGUUUUUUAUGUUGUUUAAAGUCUAAUGUAUGGACGCUUUUUGAUUUGCUUCUUUUAUUAUUAUCUUUUGGAUCAUUCCUUGUCGACAUUGCAACAGAUGUUAUUGUCGUAUACCAGUAUUAUAAAAAUGGACACACUUUUUGGAUGCUGUUGACUGUUAGUUUUGUUUGUGUACCUUCAUUAAUGGUUCAGACAUUUAGUUACAGAUGGUUUGUUGCUGAUGAAAGAGUUUCAAAACUUAUAUGUUUUGUACAUAUUUUUCAAUUAGGAUUAUUUUACAGAUUUAUUGAAUUAUUACAACUUGGAUUUAAAAUGAGGAAAAAACAAUCUAAAAUGGAUUUCCAGAAAUUUAAUCAACAGCAAAGUGAUAUGUGUAUGCUGCGAUUGUUUGAAUCCUUCACUGAAUCUGCGCCUCAGUUAGUUUUGCAGUUGUAUAUUAUGGUUACUACUGAUGACUGGAAUCCUUGGACAGGCGUCUCAGCUGCUGCAUCAAUUAUGUCUUUAAGUUGGGGCAUAUCUGCAUACAGUAAGGCAAUGCGUAAUGUUCGACCAGAGAAACAGAAGCUGUCUUGGUGGGGCUUAUUAUUUCAGGCAUUAUGGAGAAUUGGAAUGGUUUCUUCCAGAAUUAUUUCUUUAGUAUUAUUUGCAGUUUCAUUUGGAUACUGGAUAAUAACAGUUCUAAGCUUGCAUUGGUUUGUCAUGACAAUAUGGAUUUUUCUUCAAAAUACAGAUUUCUGUUCUAGUUGGUGGGAAGAACGUCUUUAUAACUGUGUGAUUGGAGUAGUUUAUUGUUUCUGUUUCUUCAAUUUAAAGGAAGGAAGGUCCCGUUAUCGAAUGCUAUUUUUCUACUCCUUUACUAUAACUCAAAACAUUAUCUUUUUGCUAGUUUUUUAUAAAACAAAUACCAACAAUCAUUAUUUUAAAAACUUCAUCAUCUUUUUUGUACCAAGUGGUAUGUUUUUAGGUUUGCUUAGCAUGUUGCUAUAUUAUCGUUUCUUCCAUCCCAGUGGUCCAAUCACUUUGUUUUCUCACAAUGUCCUGAAAGUUGAAGAUGAAGAAAGUAAUAAAAAGAAUGUAAUGUUCAACAACUGUACUCUCAAAACAUCUCGUAAGUUAGCCUAUGAUGGGGAAGCAGUACAAGCUACGUCACAUAUUUCUGCUGUAAGUGUCGUGACAAUCGAAGACAAUUGGAAAACUUACUCAACAUUAGCUAUUCCUGAUGAAUAUUACAGUUUAUCCAAGACCUCUAAUUUUCACAGAUAUCAUUCCUUUAGCUGCAGCUGGGACUCAUAUUUCUAUGUUUGUAAAAUAUGCUACGAUCUUCACAGAAAAACAUUAGCUUACCAAUAUAAAAACUCAAUUCAUAAUUAUAAGUCCAAUCCCGAAUUUGACAGAAUUUCCAAUCCAGAAUCACAAAAGCAAUCUUUUUCAAAUGUAAAUCAAUGUGAUGAAUUGGUUGAUAUGUAUUGUUCAAAUUCCAUAUGUAUACGAAAAUGCGCUUCUUUGCCUAAUCUUGAAGUAAAGAAACGGAAUUUGGAUAUUUUGUUAAAUGACAUCUAGUUUGAUCAUUUCAACUUUUAAACCUGGUAUUUUACAGAUAUUUAUAUCACAAGUAAGCUAUCUGAAUCAAUUUCGGGUUUUGUUUAUUUGUAACAGAUCAAAAAUAUAUUAUACUGAUGUUUUUGAACGUAAUAUGAAUCAUGUUCUUGGUCCCCUGAAAGAUAGUUACAAGUAGCAACAAAUUCUUCGAAUCAUUUUUCAUUUACAUUUUAAUCCAUGAAUGACAUAUUGUGCAUAUCAGGUAAAAACUUAAUGUCCUGUAAGGGUGCAAAAUAAAAAUCAUAACAACUAUUGAUGAAGUGGUCAAAUUUUAAAUUCAUGUAACUGUAAUCAUUCUAGAAGUUAAUUAAUACUUCAAAUUAGCACAAACUAAUAUGCUAGUUUUAUUAGCAAUAUUAUUAGUUUGUGCAAACGAUAUUUUGAAAUCAAAAUCAUACUCAAAAAUUACUUUUUAGAAUAAACAUACCCUUUUCUUAUUGGAAUUCUUGACUCUCACAAUAAGACAGAGAGCCACAAUCUGAAAAUUAAAGUCUCAAUAGUUAGUUAGGAGAGCUGUCGAAAAUUUGCUCGCUUUUUCUGUUAGUUUAAUUUUUUAUUUAUUUUGCCAUAUCUCUAGAACUAGUUAAGAAAAUGAAAAACUUUUUUUGCUUACAAUUGUAAAAUUUGUUUAGCAAAAGACAGUUCAAUGCAAAAAAUAAUUUUCAAUUUAUUAAUUAUUUUUUUAAUUUAAUUAAGGCUGAAUCACUUUUGGAUUGUAAGGCAUUUGAAUCUUUACACCAUUUUAAAUUAUCUAGUUUGAAAUGGCAAAAUCCAAAAUUUGAACAGAAUCAUUCAAAAAGUUCUUGAGAAAUAAAAAAUACGACUUCUUUUUAAGACUUAGUUUCAUUUCUCAGGCAUCAAAGAGUUGUUUAAAUUCUAUACAUUAACCAAAAGCACUGGAAAUUCUAACAUAACUUUUUAUGUUUGCUUUUAGAAUCCUUGUGCUUGCUUGUUUUAGAAUGAUAGAUAGUUUUUAGUUAUUACUUAUAGUUUUCACUGCACUAGGCUCUUUCUUUUAAUUUUUAUUUGUUGUGUGGUUCAGUUACAAAACUGAUUAUCUCCAAAAUAUAAAAUUUUCUGGGAAAGCUAAUUUUAUGCAACAUUUUGCCAAAAUGAAAUAGGAUCCAAAAAUUAAGUGACUUUUAGACAAUUUGUAUUAUAACAUUAUAUAUAGAAGCAAGAAAACGUGGAGGGAAGGGGAUAUUCAAUGUUUUCUUUUGGAUUUGGCCACCAUUGCUUCAAACCAAAACUUAAAUUUUGUAAAAUAAACAAAAAUGUUUAAUUAGACUGAAUUACAUUGAAAAAAAUUAAAAUAAUAGUUUAAAAGAAUUAUAUUUGAAAUUACUCUUAUGAGUUUGAAAUAGUUUCAAUACAAGAAUUUGGAAAUUACUUUUACUAGGUCUUCAGAAAAGUAAGCAACAAAAAAUAAUUUUGAAAAUAGCAGUAUAUUUUAAAACUUACUUUUAAGAUUGUAAAAUUCAUAAUAUCGCAUAUUUUGACUCAAAUUACAGAAUUUUUAUAACUUAAAAAGAAAAUGGAUCAUUAAUGAUUGUAUAUGAUGUAGCAUUACAUGAUGCUAUGUCGCUAAAAUAUAAUUGGUGAUGAGUAAACAAUAUUAUUAUGAAGGGUUUAAAUAACAACCGGCAAUAAUUGUUGUAAAUUGACAGAAGUAAACAUGGAAAACAAAAUACAUAGUUGGGAUUUGUUACUUUUUUUCCUUUUCCACGACAGACGAUCAUUUUUCUUCCUUCUUGAUUUAUUAAGAGACACAACCGCUACAAACUUCUUUGAAGUCGGGGAAAAAAAAACAAAACAUAAUGCAAACUUUGUGUUAACAGUCAGGAAAAGCGACAUUGUGUGAAUAUAGAAACGGUUGGUUUUGCAGUAAAACUAGACUUUCAAGUGUAGAUUCUGUUGAAUUUACUACAAACUUUAAAAACUAACAAAAAUGCAUUUCAAAAUUUGAGAUAAUCAGUUUUGCAACUGAACAAUACUAUUUUAAAUUAUAUUUUGACAGUAGCUUUAUCAAAUGUAUAUAUAUCAGAUAUUUUUUAUAUACAAAUUGUACAUAUAAAACAUAACACUAAGUGUAAGCAUUUAUUUUAACACUCAUGUAUAGAUAGAACUGCAUUAUUUAAUUUGUGUUGUGAGCACGAACAAUUGGAAAUAAAUUUAUAUAUUUUCAUA